ACCAAUUUAGUGGGUCCAUUGUUAGAAAGAUACGUUGCAGGGCUUUAAAGUUUUAGAAUGGCCUGUUUAAUUGCUGGAGAUAUCAAUUGGGUGGUAUUGAUCCGAUAUCCCCUAUUCUCAUAUACUAUGCCAUUAAGUAUUGUCCAACAAAAUAAGGUAAAAUCGGAAUUUUAAUUCCUAGGGUGGUUAAGAAUUUUUGUUGCCAGAUUAUCCUUAUUGGCAAAUAUUAUAUAAAGGUAGAAAGUUUUGCUUGUGAAAUUUAUUUAAUAAUAGUUCUAUAAUUUAAUUCAAAAAUACAUAUUAUAAAAUGGUUCCUCCAACUAUGAUCCAAACUGCUCCUGUAAGUACUUCUUUCUCACCAAUUGUUACUAAAGAUGUUCAAAUUAAAUUGAAAUCUGAUGCCAAAAAUGGUGAUGUUAAGUUUGCUGACUGGGAUAAUUUCAAGUUUGCUCCAAUAAGAGAAUCAACUGUUUCUAGAGCUAUGACUAAACGUUAUUUUGCUGACUUAGACAAAUAUACUGAAUCAGAUGUUGUUAUUGUUGGUGCCGGUUCUGCAGGUUUAUCAGCUGCUUAUAUCUUAGGUAAAAAUAGACCAGACUUGAAGAUUGCUAUCAUUGAAGCUUCAGUUAGUCCAGGAGGUGGAUGUUGGUUAGGUGGUCAAUUAUUUUCCGCUAUGGUAUUAAGAAAGCCAGCUGAUGUUUUCUUAAAUGAAAUAGGAAUUGAAUACGAUGAUGAAGGUGAUUAUGUUGUUGUUAAACAUGCUGCUUUAUUCAUGUCAACCUUACUUUCCAAAGUUUUGCAAUUUCCAAAUAUUAAAUUAUUCAAUGCUACUGCAGUUGAAGAUUUGAUUACUCGUCGUGAUGAAUCCACUGGUGAAUUGAGAAUUGCCGGUGUUGUCACUAAUUGGACUUUGGUUGCUUUAAACCAUGAUACUCAAUCAUGUAUGGAUCCUAACACUAUCAAUUGUAAUGUUGUUUUAUCAACUACUGGUCAUGAUGGUCCUUUCGGUGCUUUCUCUGCUAAAAGAUUAGAGAAGUUGGGUAAAGCUCCAAAAGAUAUUACUCAAGGUUUCAAGCCUCAAGCCGAACAGCAACAACAACCAUCUGCCGCCAGUGCCGAUGGAUUCCAAUUAGGUGGUAUGAGAGGUUUAGAUAUGAACAAAGCUGAAGAUGCUAUUGUUAAAGGUACUAGAGAAGUUGUUCCUGGUUUAGUUAUUGCUGGUAUGGAAUUAUCAGAAGUUGAUGGUAGUAACAGAAUGGGACCAACUUUUGGUGCCAUGGCUUUAUCAGGAGUUAAGGCAGCCGAAGCAGUCCUUAAUGCCUUUGAAGUCAGAAAGAAGCAAAAUGAAAAUGGUUAUUAGGUACUUGUAUAACACCACC